UUCCACGGAGCUUUGCUGGGGAGCCCCGUUCUCUGGGCUGUGCCGAGCUCUGCUGCCCCAGCCCACCCAGCAGAGGGCUGGGCCUGCUCCCCCCGGGGCCCUGACACCCACACCGCCUAGUGGCUCCUUGUCCCUUUCACUCCUGCCGUCCACGGUUGGCUUAACCUCGGGGACGGUGUGGAGGUGGGGGGCUGCUGUGUGGCUGUGGAGGGGGCACACCGCCAGUGCUCCCCCUGGAGCUGGGCUUUCCUGGGCCGCAUCCAGGCCGGAGCAGGGAGAGCCCGGUGGGCUUCUCUGCUGCCCCGCCGGCGCUGUCCUCCCUGUCAGCCCGCUGCCAUGGACCAAGUGGCUCCCGUCACCACUGCCUCGGACCGCAGGUGCCACUUUGACCAGAGCGGCCUGUCCCUGCCGUGCCCUUCACUCUGCUCUCACUGUCCUCUGAAUCAGUUUUCCUUCUUAAUUCCUGGAACACAGUAAUUUAAUAUUUAAAAUACCUUUUCUUUCCAUCUCUGCCUUUUGUCAGGAUAAUAACACAGAAUAAUCUAGAGGUAAGGAUUGUGGUUUGCGUGGACGAUCGGGUACACUGAAGACUGAAAGUAGGUUUUCUGAGGAUGCUCAUAGCAUGCCUUUGGAAAAUUAAAAGUUGAUCCCAAUUAACAGUAGAUCUUCUUACCUCAUGUCUUGGGCCACUGGAGAACUUCAAAGAGCACCCCAAUUUCAUUGUCAUCUGGAACGUAAAUCUAAAUGGACCUCGGUUUGCUGUCUCACAGACUUUUCAGUCCCAGCAAAAUUUGGCAAAGUUUGAUUUAAAGGUCCAGCAAAUACCAUCCUCACUUAAAAUAGAAAAGAUAGCUUGAAGGAUGUUUGUCAAUAGUUACGUUUUUGGCUGUGGUGGCACAGCAAAAUGUUUAGGAAAACAGUAAUUUUAAAUCUUAAAAUUGUAAUUCACUUUUUUUUCUCUAGAGCAUAAUCAACAUUGCUUUUUUGAUCACACCUUUGUUUUUACAAUUGAUGACUUGAGUUAGUAAAAGUCUUUGGCUCCACCAAACUGUUGUUACAUGCUCAGUAAGGAUGAAACAUAGAUUCUUCUGUGUCUAAGUGAAUUGUGCAUAAAUUAGAAUGCUAUAUAAAAGAGGAUGUAUUUAAUAGAAGUUAAAUUGAUAUGAAAGGAAGACUCUUUUUUGCUUGUUAACAGUAUUAAUGAUGUGUAGAGGUGCAUUACCAGCAAUGGCCUUAGAACAUGAAAGUGCUUAAGUCUUCAAGUGGUCUUCAUACGUCUGUCCCAGGACUUCUCACCACAAAUUCUAAGUCCUAUUUUGAUUAACUUUUAAUACACUACAUAUCUGGUAAUUCUGGACCCUAGGAACUUUGUUUCUGACAAAUACCCUGAGUGAUGGGGUUAAAAGAUACUAAGUGCCAAUUUACUUUUCUAAAUUGAUUAUCUUACAUCAUUUGAUCUUUUGUAGAACUAAAAAACCAGGUUAACUUGUUUAUAGCAUCAUUUUUUUUCUGGAGCUAGAGAUGGCUAUUGUGGUGAAGAAUUUUUUUCCUUCAGAAAAGCAAUGGACAGACAAGACAGAUACAUUGUAUAAGAUAAACAGGAUCCUGUGUUUUCUUUGUGAGUCUGUAAAGACCACGUGGUUGAGUUACAGGUGGAUCUUAAAUGUGUUGUUUAGGAUUUUUAACUAUUAAGAAUAUACAUUGUAGACCGCUGCCUUGCGCACAGACCCCAGGCGGCGGGAGGGCUGGGGCGCGCAUGACUCGAACUCCGGGGCUAAGGGUGCGCCUCCUGCAGCCGAGGGCGCUGAAGGGGGACACCCCGGCCUCGGGGCCACCGCUGUCGCUUUCUCCUCGUUGUCAUGAACGCCAUCCGCCCAGGUGGCGCCCCCUGACCCGCGCGAUGAGUGCCAGCGAGGACCAAGAGAUGGAACUAGAAGCAUUACUUUCAAUUUAUGAAGGAGAUGAAAGUUUCCGGGAAUUAAGUCCAGUUUCGUUUCAAUACAGGAUAGGUGAAAAUGGUGAUCCCAAAGCCUUCUUAAUAGAGAUUUCCUGGACAGAAACAUAUUCCCAGACACCUCCAGUUAUAUCUAUGAAUGCUUUUUUUUUUAACAACACCAUAUCAUCAGCUGUAAAGCAGAAUAUAUUAGCCAAGUUACAGGAGGCAGUGGAAGUUAACCUCGGGACCGCCAUGACUUACGCUUUGUUUGAAUAUGCCAAGGACAAUGAAGAGCAGUUCAUGGAGAAUCACCAUCCCAUUAAUUCCGUGACACCCAUAAGCACUAUUGUCUCCGUUGUAACUCCUAACAGUGCCCCAUCAAGUAAGAAAAAAGACAAGAAAGAACAACUUUCAAAAGCCCAGAAACGUAAGCUGGCAGACAAAACAGAUCAUAAAGGAGAACUUCCUCGAGGAUGAAACUGGGUUGAUGUGGUAAAGCAUUUAAGCAAAACUGGCUCAAAAGAUGAUGAAUAGUGCUUGGAGUUUGAGACAAGGUGAGAACAUCCUUCAAAAAGUAACCUGGUUCAAAAUCUUUCAUUACUUCUAUUGAGGUGGCUUUUUAUAAAACAGAAUUUUUUUGUAUGUUUCUUACAUAAAAAAUGUUUGAAGCUGAAAGUUCAUUAAGAGUUCUGGUCAUAUUAAAUUAUUUUUACAAACUUGCCUUAAUAAAGGUGAAAAUGUUACUUUUCAGUAUACUUUAUGAAGCAGUUGAACUUUGUAAAUGGACAAACAUUGAGAAUAAUAAAUAAUCAGUGUUAAUUUAUAUGAUCUUAUUCUAGUGGAUGUGAUAUUUUCUUAAAGGAGUAUGAAGCCCAUUUCAAACGCUUACCCCAGUGGAGCAGAACACUGAGUGAACGAUUAUUCCAUGGCAUGAUCCAUAUUAAUAGGCUUCUCAUCUUAAUAAAAGUUUCACCUUUUCUUUCUCUUAAUUGCUGAAGUAUAAAUUGUUUCAGAGAAAUUUAAAUAUUGGUAUUUGGAUUUUACACAUAAUAUUCUUUUUAGUUUAUUUUUCAAGGGUGAACUUCUUUUUAAUAAAUGAGUAUCUUUAUACUUUUCUCUUGGUUUGGGUCACAAUGUUUGAUCAUGAGCUUUGAAUGGUAUGUGGAAUAGGAGAAUGUAAGACCAAAUCUGCCAAAUACAUUAGAAAGCAUUUUUAUAGAAGUGCUGGUUCCCAUUUCUCUCUUCUGCAUAUACCAAGAUGGGAGUAAAAGAUGCCUUAAUGUUUAAUUUUUUAAUUAAACAUUGUUUAAUUAAAUUGUAUUGUUGUGACAGUGAUUUUAAUAAAUUCCUAUUUAUUCGCUGUUGUCUCUUUUUAGUUGUUUGGUACCUGAGGUCUUCUAAAUGGCUUAAUAUUAAAACCACAUUUCAAAUCUUGUUUCUUUUCAUGUACCAAAUGUGUUUCUCAGCCUGAAUAUCUUUGUAAUAAUAGACAUAAAGGUCUUUCAAGUGCUGAGUGGUAGUACAUGCUUGAUUUUUUUUUUUAAACAUUGAUAAGGGAAGCUGUUAAGUAUUGUUUUACCAGAAAGUUAUUGAUGUGUAUGUGCGAGUGACAGUGAUUCUGUAUAUGCUGCCCAGCUUUAAAAACACUUAGAACUACUACUGCUGUGUGUGUGUCUGGAAGGCAGAUGCUGGUUUCUUAAGUCAGACCUUGGCAGUGAUGGGCUAAGGAUUUAAAGAAUAAUUAAUUUUGAAAGCAGUUUCCUUAGCAUAAGAGCAAUGUAAGUUUAUCCAUGGUUUUUACUGGGUUAACAUUGGCUUCAGUAAUCGUUUGAAUUAUAAAGUAAGUUAUAAUUAUGGUGAAGAAGUUUAAUCUCAUUCAAAAGCUGAACUACAUUUGACUUCUUGAAUUAAUGUGAUAGAAAUAUGAAAAUUUAGAACCACUGGAAUAUGCCAACUUUAGGGAUUAUGUGUGUAGUUUCUGUUGUGUUGAUUUGUUUGCCUGGUUUUCUUAAAUUGCUACAUCUGUUAGUGGAAGAAAAUAACGUUGUUUUGUUCUGAAGAUUCCGAAAUUGUUCAGGCUAUUGUGAUUCAUAGAUUACAAAGAAUAAUGCUAGUUCAAUGCCAAUGAACUGUUUUUACUCUUUUUAUAUCAAAUGUACAAAUAUUGGGGGGUGAUGGCAGUGGUGCCUCUUACUACUUAUGUAAAACACUUGAACAAUCUCAUCUAUAUUGCCAUCAUCUGUUUAAUACUCCCAGUAUAUUUUCUCAGUCUGUUUACUUAAAAUUGUAUGGAAUGACAUAUUAAUAAGCAAUAAAAUCUGACUUGCAAAAAAA